UCAGUGUUUUAAAAGAAGUAGUUCAAAGAUGCCAAAGAAGAAGACAGGAGCGCGGAAGAAGGCGGAGAAGCAGAAGAUGAGACAAAAGGAGAUCAGACAGGCCAAGGACAAUGUCAGCAUUGUGGAUCAUCCCUGUAAUUUUGUUAUGGAAUGCGACAAAUGUAGAAGGAGACAGAAAACAAGAGCAUUCUGUUAUUUCUGUGCAUCUGUCCAGAAACUGCCUGUUUGUGCAGCCUGUGCAAAAACCAAAUGUAUGAUGAAGUCUGGGGACUGUGUAAUCAAACAUCCAGGCCAGUAUACCACAGGGAUGGGGAUGGUGGGAGCAAUCUGUGAUUACUGUGAGGCCUGGGUGUGCCACGGGAGGAAGUGCCUGUCCAGUCAUGCCUGCGAGUGUCCACUACAGGAUGCCUUGUGCCUGGAGUGUGAGAGAGGAGUCUGGGAUUCAGGUGGCAGGUUUUUCAAGUGUGCCUACUGUGACAACUUUCUGUGUGAGGACGACCAGUUUGAACACCAGGCUAGCUGUCAGGUCUUGGAGGCAGAGAACUUCAAAUGUAUGUCCUGCAACAGACAUGGGCAAUACUCCUGUAUGAGAUGUAAGACUGCUUACUGUGAUGACCAUGUGAAGAGGAAGGGGACUAAGAUAACUAAGGGCCAACCUGUCACAUGUCCAAAGUGUGGACACAACACCAAAGAAACCAAGGAUCUCAGCGUGUCAACAAGGAAUUAUGACUAUGGGAGGCAGACAGAAGAUGACGAGGCUUCAGGAGGCUGGGGAUACGGCUCCUACGGUGGAUACGGCGGGGACAGCGGAUACAGCUAUGGCAAUGCUGAUGCAGAGGAUGAUGAUGAUGAUUCUGAUGAAGAGUCCGAAGAGGAAGAUGAGGAAGGGGAUGUCUCCAACCCUCUAUCUGACCUUAGCCUGGGGGCCACCUAUGCCAGCGGUUAUCAAGAAGAGUAUAAUAAAUACGAGGACUGAGGGCACAGCCUUCUGUUUACUCCUUGGCAACUCAAUAUA